AUGGCGAGCUCCUUGGACCCAAACGUGGUGCCCGGCACCGGCUUUCUGGUGGACUGCUUCCGCGACAAGAAGAAAAUCGCCGCAGGCCAGAAAUUUUUCCUCUCUCAUUACCAUGCCGAUCACUAUGGCGGUUUGAAUGACAAGUGGGCUGCGGGCCCCAUCUACGCGUCCCCACCCACCGCACGCCUUGUGAUCGACUUUCUUGAAGUUGACCCCAAAUGGAUUCAUGAGCUUCCGUUCGAUGAGACCCAUACCAUCGAUGAUGUCGAGGUGACGUUGAUGGACGCCAACCACUGUCCUGGCGCAGCCAUGCUGCUCUUCGGGGUGCGCAACCAACACGCCCCCGAGCAGCGCAUGUAUCAUCUACACACGGGCGAUUGCCGGUUCCACCCACGCAUGCUGGAUCAUCCAACCCUUCAAGGCAUCCACAUUGAAAAUUUAUACCUGGACACGACCUACGCCAACCCAAAGUAUACGUUUCCGCCACAGGAAGAUACCAUUGAAUUCUGUGCUCGCACCAUCGCCGCCGAAUUGGAGGCCCACCGAGGCCGCACCCUUGUGCUGGUGGCCACGUAUAGUAUCGGCAAGGAGAAGAUUUUACUUCGCGCACACGAACUCGUUGGCGCUCGAGUGGAGGUGACGGAACGCAAGUGGAAAAUGCUCAACCAUUGCCUUCCCAUUGCCAACCUUGAAACAAUCUUUACAACGGAGCAUCUGCCGGCGCAUGUGACCACCACGCAGGCGGCCAGUGUUCGCAUUGUCGGAUGGCACGAGCUGGGAAACAUGGCUCCCGGUGGCUGGACCUUCCUGCCCGACUAUCCCAAGCUUCAUGAGAUGCUCGACUUUUACGCUUCACGAUUCGAUCGCAUUGUGGCAUUCUACCCCACUGGAUGGACCUACACGCUGUCGCAAGCAGUGCGCGAGCGUCAAGCCAUCACAGCCUCUCAAUCCCAUGCCCAAACUCUGGCUGAGGCUAGCACAGAGGCUCGGGCACACUUGACAGCACGACCUGCCGUUUUGCAUGCCGCUGAGACCAAGAACAAGGUCACAGUCUACACAGUCCCAUACUCGGAGCACUCAAGUUUUGAUGAGUUACGCGCCUUGGUGUCUGGCAUCCGGCCCACCAACGUGGUUCCGACCGUCUUGGGAGGAGCGCGCGACACGAGCAAGCAAGCGCGCCUCCGCCGUGUCACCGCCCUGUUUGCUGACCUCUGCAAUCGCACCAAGGCGACCCGCGCCUUCGUCCAGAUGAUUCAAGGCGAGCGGCAAAAUAGUUUGCGUCGACGCCAACGUUCAGACACCACACCCAGCCUUGCCAGCACCGCCUCUGAACAAGACCUGCAAGAGCCCAGUGAUGAAUUUGAUCCACCCACAAAAUAUAAAGGCAACGGUGAUGAUAAGAUCGCGCUACCCUUUCACCCUGACCUGGAGCAUAAGCCUGGCUUAGCAGCAGGCCAGGAUAGCAAGCUUGGCCCACAAACGAGGCAACGUGCAUGCGGCGCCUCAGAACCCGGGGCUCUGGCCCAGACUUUACCUCAAUCACCAGCUGUCAAAAAGGAAAAGCUCGCGGCUCAGCCGUCCCCAGCGCCGAAAAAUGUUUCAAACCAUGUCCCGUGCCCAAGCUGUGGAUUACCCGUGGCUUUCGCCCAAAUGAACACCCACCUCGAUACGUGCCUUGGAUCUGCUCUGCCUCAUGGUAGCCCCAAGGACUCGGCUCAUAGAGGACGAGAGCCCAUCUGCCUUUCGGACGACGAAGAUGAGGAACCCGAGUGCGCCAAGCGCGGUGAUGGUGCGAUGAAGGUGGAUUCCGCUAGCACAGCAGGGACAUCCUCUCCGCUGAUGGAAGAUGAUUCCAGCUCUGCUCAGGAUCAAAUAGCUCAAUUACGCACUAUACUGGGUGCCCAUGCUCUUACGAAAUCGGGCGCCUCCCGCUUGUUGGUGCGGGCUCAUGGGGAGCUGGACCAAGCUGUCAAUCUUUUCUUCGACGAGACGUCAGGCUUGACGUCGCCUCCUGCUCAACCCGGCACCCAGGAUACUAACCUUACAGAUUCACCGACGCGUCAGACAAAGCCCACAGGCAAGCGCAAGCAAGCCUCGUUACUGACCUUUUUCCAAUCCCCACCUGCCAAAAAUGCCAAGCAACGAGCCGCCGCCACCAGCUCGCCACGGACUGGUGCGACAGCUUCACACCACGUGGCCCCCACCGAAGCUGAGCGCGACGUCGGCUCAGAACAACCGCCUAUUCCAAAUGCCAAGCCAACACGGGCGCCCGUGCCGUUGGUGGCCUCUGCUACACCAGCUGAUGCGGCAGAUACCGCCAAUGUGGGAAGUGAUGAUGUUCACUACCGUAUCCUUGCCAAUGCAUUCGAAGAGCUGGUUGCAACUCGCUCCCGCCUCAAGAUCACGAGCAUCCUGGCCGACACGUUUCGCACGGUUUUGCGCCGUACUCAGAGCAGCAAACACCCUAUUGGCGACCCACAGGUUCUCAUUGCCGCCGUCUACCUGACGACCAACCAUAUCGCGCCCUCUUUUCACGGCAUUGAGCCCAUGCUGGGCAAGAUCACGCGCGACCUGGGCGAAGUCAUGACUCGACUUGCCCAUAAGGAAUUUCAGGCGGAUUUCAAGUAUGAUGGAUGUCGAGCCCAGAUUCACUUGGAAACUCCCACCAAGCUGCGCCAG